ACAGCAAAGCCUUCAGUGUGGCUACAGAAAACUGUACAAAUAGAAAAUACAGUCUAAAGAAUGCACACAAUGAGGUGUGCCUUGUAAUAAAAAGUCAAAGAAAACUACUGAAGACAAGAUGUUUGUCACAGUAAACACACUCCUGUCAGUCAAUCUUCUCUUUGUUGCUUUGUACAUCCAGCUGCAUAAUAAACUGCUUCUGCAGCUGAACUUCACAAAGACUCUGUCUGGCUGGUGUUGGUUUGAGCUGCGCUGAACAUGUUUUGCAACUCUUUCUACAGGAGACAUUAGAAAAGCAACAAGAGUGUCUAAAGAGGCAACGGGAAGCCGUGAAAUACAGAUUGAAAAAACUGGCAGCGCGGCAAUCAGAAAUCACAAAAAGGUCCACAGUGAUAAGAGAGAACAUCAUCAGAAAAUAUCUGGAGAUGCGGGCCGUCCUGGACGAGGAUCUGAGGAUCACCCUGUCCCACCUGGAGAUGGAGGAGCGGGCUGCAGUCUCUGCCCUGGAUGGGCUGAUGGAAAGGAACUGUUCUCUAAUCCAGGAGAUAGAGCAGGACCUGGCCAGACUCACUGUGGCAAUGGACCAGACCAACACAGAGCCUGAUACAAUGUCUAUCUUUUCCUUCCCUGACCAGCAAGACAUGGAAACAGUGGACAGAGUGAUGGAGCUGCUAAACAGCACAGACCCGAGCAGUGUGAGCCUGGACGAAGCUAAAGCCGAGCAGAUCCUCAACCUCACCAACAACAUGUUCCUGCUGAUCAGCUCACAGACGCCUAUAAUCAGGAACUUCACCAAGAAUUAUGCCAGCGAGGUGUGUUUGGACCCGGACACGGCCCACCCAAAGCUGAUCAUCUCCUCCAAUGGGGACAGUGCCAUCUACACAGACACCUGGCAGCAACUUCCUGACCUCCCUGGACGCUUUGACACCACCCUCAAUGUCAUCAGCUUGCAAGGAUUCAGCUUUGGCCACCAUUACUGGGAGAUUGAUGUGACUGGGAAGACUUACUGGGAGCUGGGCGUCACCUAUCCCAACAUUCCCCGUAAGGGCACCACUGAGGACUGCUGGCUGGGCCGGGGGGACGAGUCCUGGUGCGUGGAGUUCUUUGAUGGGGAGUAUACCGCCUGGCACGGAGGGGUGCCUCAUCAGCUGCCUUUCACCAAACGCUUCUGUCGGAUUGGUGUUUUGUGUAGUUUCCCUGCAGGAUUGGUGACGUUUCUUGAGGCGGAGAACAUGACGCCGCUGUUCUCCUUCUGUGCAGGAACCUUCUCAGACUGCCUCCACCUGGCUCUGUGUCCCGGCCAUGACCACAACGGCACCAAUGCCCAGCCCAUUGUGAUCUGUAAUCCUCUCCAAUCAUGAUCUCUGAUUACCUUUGAGGCUCCACAGAAAAGCUUUUAGUCAUUUAGUAAUUUUCCCCACUAAGGCCCCACUUUUAAAAAAUGCACCAAUUAUAUAUGUUUAUAGGCAAGUAAUGACUUUAUUUAUAAAUAGAUAAUAUCCUUGGACUAAAAAUGUAAUGAAGAAUAUGUUAACUAAAACAAAUAAUCUGUUACCGAUGCUUUUUUUCAUAGUAGGCCACCAGAUUUGUGAGAAUAUGAGACAUUCACAGUAUAAACAUCAAUAAUUGGUUGAUUUCAAAGUACACUUUAUUUGGAUUGUCGUGACUGAUACAUUCGUGGUUUAAUUGAAGAUAUUCACACUUCUGCAUUUAAAUUCUGUGUGAAAGAAACAAGAACCAAAAUAU